AUGCGCGGAACACCACAACAGCCGUUCCCGACGUCCGUCAGAACGCGUGCAUACCGCAACUCCGAUAUCACCGAAAGGCAGCAACAAAUGCCAGAGAAGGAGCAGCUUGAUAAUAAGCAACCUGAUUUAAGUCAGCAGCUAUCUACCUCCGGAGUCGUAGUAUCUGCACCAGUACGAGUGAAUACCACCGCAGAAAAUUCACACGUAUUUCUUGCUACAGCAUUAGUCAAGGUUCAGGACAAAAAUGGUGGACAUCGACAGUGCAGAGCCAUCUUGGAUAGUGGCUCUCAAGUCAACUUCGUUUCAAAGAGAUAUGCAAACUUACUGCAGCUAGCAUGUAAGAAGUCUUCAUUGGCAAUAAGUGGUAUUGGAGACAAUCGUUUAAAGGCAAGGUCGUGCAGCGAGUUAAAAAUCAAAUCCAGAACUAGUGAUUUUAAUAUCAAGAUUUCUUGUUAUGUAUUGUCUAAUAUCGUGGGGAAUCUAGCGUCCUGUCCAGAGCCUGCAGAUGGAUGGAAAAUACCAGGUACUGUGUCUUCAAACUUGGCUGAUCCAGACUUUCACCGUCCUCAAAGUGUUGACCUACUUAUUGGAGGUGGCUCGUUCUUCGACAUUUUGGGAACAACAAAAAUACCAUUGAAUAUAGGUUCAGUCACGCUUUAUGAGAGUAACUUUGGAUGGCUUGUAACGGGAGAACUGCCUAAACGUCAAACACCAACACUUUUGUCAAUUGGACAGACGAUAGAGGAGGAUUGGAAGGUUCUCGGAAUCGUUGAGGAUACAAGCUAUGGUCGAACAUCAAGGGCGAAUAAGAGAAGUCAAGAAGAGCUAGAAACAGUGCAACAUUUUAAGCAAUACACAAUACGUGAUGAGGAAGGGCGUUUUGUUGUACGACUUCCCAUCAAGGAGACAAUCAGUGAAAUAGUCGAAACCUUACCUAUGGCGAUCGCACGAUUCUUAAAUGUAGAGAAAAGAUUGCAGUAUGACGAACACCUGAAGAACGAAUACAUACGAUUUAUGAAUGAAUAUAUUAAGAUGGGGUAUAUGGUUGAAGUACUGGAAAAUUCAGUUCAAACGCAGAAACACUUCUAUCUGCCGCACCAUUCAGUAAUAAAGGCAUCAAGUUUAACGACAAAGGUUUGA